AUGUGGAUCUUACCACUCGUCGGGUAUAUCGGCUUUGGUAUUGGAUUUGGUUUCUUGACCCUCGCGAUCGCAUCUGGACUGUACUACCUCUCUGAGCUCGUUGAGGAGCACACCGUUGUAGCGAAGAAGCUGCUCACGCGGCUGAUCUAUGGAGUGAUUGGUCUGCAAGCGCUGCUCUGUCUGGUCGAUGGCUUCCCGUUCAUGCUCUCUAUGCUAAGCAUAAGCUCGCACAUCGUAUACUUGGGCAACAUGCGGCGCUUCCCGUUCGUCAAGCUCUCGGACCCUCUAUUCAUUUCUUCGUGCAGUGUGUACCCAGAGUUCUGCAAAGCUGUUUUGGAAGGCUUAUGGGCUAAUGUUGGGACAGUGCUGGUGCUCCUUAACCACUACUUGUGGUUCACGCAUUUCUCAUUUGCGUCUCUCGUCGCAACCCCGGCGUCCCGAUACGAUCCUUCAAAUCUUCCUACGUUUACGGAGAUAGCGUCGUACUUUGGACUUUGUGUGUGGCUUGUGCCAUUCUCCCUAUUCGUCUCUCUUUCAGCAAGCGACAAUGUGCUGCCGACAAUGGGUAGCGAGGCGCCAGGCAUACCAGGUGCAUCAAGGGAUGGAAAGAACAAACGACAAGGGAUGUUCAAGGUCGUAAUCGAUGUGAUCCGGGAUUGGAUGGGGGAGGUCGGACGGCUGGCAGGAUAUAACAGGCCAGACAGGGGGUUCUGA